AUGUCAAAUCCCACAGAAAAUAAAAUAGUAGCCGAGGCGAAGAGUGAAUCGUCUCUGGAUAGUCGCGAAAUACUCAUUCUUUUUGGAAGCCAAACAGGAUGUGCUCAAGAUGUAGCCGAAAGAAUAGGAAGAGAAGCAAAAAGACGUCUUUUCAAAAUUCGUGUUUUUGCAAUGGACGCUUAUGAUAAGGUCAAUUUGAUAAAUGAGUCGCUAGUCGUUUUCGUAUGUUCUACCACUGGUCAAGGCGAGGAACCUGACAAUAUGAAAAAAUUCUGGAAAUUUCUAUUGCGAAAAAAUUUACCCAACGAUAUCCUGAGUCAUUUGAAAUUUACCGUUUUUGGACUUGGCGAUUCCUCAUAUUUGAGGUAUAAUUGGCCCGCCAAAAAACUUUACAAACGUCUUUUACAGUUAGGCGCCCAAAGUAUACAUCCACGUGGCGAUGGAGAUGAUCAACAUUAUCUUGGUUAUGAUGGAGCACUUGAUCCUUGGCUGUCAGGAUUAUGGGAAAUUUUAAUGAAUGAAUUUCCGUUACCUUCUGGAAUGGAAAUUAUACCUCCAGAUAUCAUUAGUGAUGGAGAAUUCUUUGCGCGUAUUCUAAAGAAUGAAAGAAUUACGUCUCAUGAUCAUUUUCAGGAUGUUAGGCAUAUGGAAUUGGAAUUUGAUAUCGAUGAUGUUAAUGUUAAUGAUCUAGCAUUAAAUUAUAAACCAGGAGAUGUUGUUGUGAUCAGACCUAAAAAUUUGUCUGAAGAAGUAGAAGAAUUUAUUCAAAUGAUGGAUUGGGUAGAUAUCGCAGACGACGCAUUUACCUUGAUCCCAAAUCAAGAAAGCCGCAAAGUACCAGUGCAUUGGGAUCAAGUGCUUACAUUACGGAAAUUGUUUGAAAAUCACCUUGAUAUUUUCAGCACUCCACGAAGAUCCUUUUUUGAAAUGUUGGCAUUCUUCACUACAAAUGAAAAUCAUACCGAAAAAUUAAGAGAAUUUUGUAGUCCGGAAGGGCAGGAUGAUUUAUACGCGUAUAAUCAACGAGUCCGACGCACAAUUGCAGAAGUUCUUCAAGAUUUUCCAUCGGCCAAAAUACCGUAUGAUUAUAUUUUAGACAUAUUUCCAGAAAUACAGCCUCGUCAAUUUUCAAUAUCAUCGUCUUCACAAUCUUAUCCACGAUGCAUUCAUUUAACUGUCGCCGUUGUAAAAUAUAAAACGCGAAUGCAAAAACCACGAUGUGGUGUAUGUACCAAAUGGUUGGCAGGUUUAAUGACAGAUUCUCGAAUUCCAUUAAAGAUAUCAAAAGGUUCAAUGCGACUACCCACAUCUUUAUCUACUCCAAUUAUGUUAAUAGGACCAGGUACAGGAGUUGCAGUCAUGCGUGCUUUUAUUCAAGAGCGUAUAUUACAAGGCGCAACAGAAAAUUAUCUUUUUUUUGGAUGUCGAUACCGUGAAAAGGAUUAUUUCUAUAAAUCAGAAUGGGAAGAGUAUAUAGAUGCGCAGCAACUUAAAAUAUUCACUGCCUUCUCAAGAGAUCAGGACAAAAAGAUUUAUGUGCAAGAUUUGAUCACUGAGAAUGCUCAUUUGAUUUGGGAUAUCAUACAUGCACGUGAAGGAUGUGUUUAUUUGUCUGGAAGGUCAGAUAGUAUGCCAACAUCUGUUGUAAAUGCAUUCAAGCAGGUAUUCAUAUCAGAGGGAAAUUUGGAUGAAGAAAAAGCCAACAAGUAUUUUGACAAGUUGGAAAGAAGCAAGAGAUUUCAACAAGAGUGCUAUUAA